UCACGUCAAAAUAAAGGACUGUGCAAAUAUGCCAAUGUGGCUUUCAAAAUUACCAAAAACGUGGAGCCUUUGACAGGCAGGAGAGUAGUACGUAAGCCAUUCUCGGAGCAGAGAGAGAGAGUUGCACUUGCAGCGAGCGAGUGUAUGAAAGGAUCAUCGGUAUUUGAAUGUUCAAAAAUAAAACUCGCUCCCCCUCUCUCUCACAUUCAUGCUCUUGGACUUCCCUCUCACCCAACCCCCUCUCCCUCUCUCUCAUCGACGCUUCUAACGGAUGGAUAAUUUUCGGCAAAAGAGGUCCAAGAUAUCGGGCAUUACUGAUCGGAGCUCCGGCGAAAGGUUUUCCUCGACUGUGCGAGCUCACCGAGAAGGAAACAGGCAGGUUCAAAGGGAGAGGAACUUUCCAAAAGUGGCCUCCGAUUCUAGUUCUUGCAGUAGUGGUACUGCAGAUGAAAAUACUUUCACAUUUGAAUUGGACUGGAGGUCUUCAAAACAAUCUGUUGGAACUCCGAUAAAGAAGUUAUUAGCUGAAGAGAUGUCAAGAGAAACUGAAUCCAAAAGGAGGUCUCCAAGUGUUAUUGCCAAAUUGAUGGGUCUUGAUGGGCUGCCACCUCAGCAGCCUGUUCACAGACAGCAAAAAAAGUACUCAGAGAAUUAUAUUAAUAGGAAAACAUCAGUAGAUAGAGCACAGAAGAGUGGCAGAUUUUAUGACCUUCGAUCGUCUAGUAGAAAUUCCAAGGAGGAGCAAGAAUUUAAGGAUGUAUUUGAGGUUUUGGAAACGUCAAAGAUGAAGAAUGGCAAUUGCUCAUCACAGGAAGCUACAAGCUCAAAGCUUACUGAUGCUGAGAUGGAAUUUAUUAGGCAGAAGUUCAUGGAUGCUAAACGUCUUUCCAGUGAUCAGAAGCUACAGGAUACAAAGGAGUUCUACGAUGCACUUGAGGUGCUAGACUCUAAUAAGGAUCGUCUUCUAAAAUAUCUUCAACAACCAGAUUUGUUAUUCACAAAGCAUUUGCAUGAUCUGCGAGGUGCUCCUCCCCAAACCCAUCGGGGUCGCGUAGCAGCUGUAGAGUUCUCAGAUGCGCACAAGCAUGAAAACAGUGAACUUGGGAAAUCAGCGAGACGAACUCCUUGGAAAAACUACAGUAGAUCUCCUCGGAAGCAUUGCGAUGGUCUAUUUAGCCACCCUGACAGUAGACAUGCUGCUUAUAAUGCACUCAAUUCAGCAAAUAUUUCAGUGGAGCAGAAGGAUAAGUUGGCAACUCUGCCUACAAGUAUAGUAGUGUUAAAACCAAACAUUGGGAAGGCCCAAAAUGGUGCCAAUCCUGCUUCAUCACCUUGUUCUUUGCAUGGUUUUCUGUCAGAUUGUGGGGCACCGAUAGAAUUUUCGAGUGUCAAAAAUAGGAAGGGAGACUCAUGUGGGAUGAAGAACUUUCCUGAUCGUGCUGAGCUUUCAAGGCAUAAGUCCAGGGAGUCUAGAGAAAUUGCUAGGGAAAUAACUAAACAAAUGAGAAAGAGUUUUCGUGGUGGUUCAAUGAAUUUUUCAUCUGCUGGAUUUAGAGGAUAUGCUGGGGAUGAGAGUUCAUGUGACAUAUCUGGAAAUGAAUCAGAGGCGAUUACAGUGGAUUCCAGAAAUUCAUUUGACUUGAGUAACCAGUACAAGCCUUCAUCAUCCCGUUCAGCUGAAUCCUCUGUGAGUAGGGAGGCGAAGAAAAGACUCUCAGAGAGGUGGAAGAUGACUCACAAGUCUCAAGAGUUUGGAGUGGUUAGCAAGGGCAACACACUGGCUGAAAUGCUUUCUGUCCGUGAUAAGGAUUUAACUCCAGCAAAUUUCAGUGGUGUGAUUGGUGAGGAUGAAAUUAGUGACAAAUUUGCUAGUGAAGAUAGACCAAUGGGGUGGGUUGAGCCCUUGGGAAUUAGCAGUAGGGAUGGCUGGAAAGAUGGAUCUAUGAGAAAGUUAUCAAGGUCAAGAUCACUACCUGCUUCUUCUACUGCUUUUGGAAGUCCUAAGACAAGCAAACACAGGGAAACUUUUUAUGAGGACAGGUAUCUCAUGCCAAAUGAGACCUUGAAGAAGGAAAGAAGCAAGAGAGUAAAGGGUAAAUCUGAUUGGAGAGAAGGAUCAGUCACUAACAAGUCAAGAUCUAGUAGUAAGAAGUCUCAUUCUUCUAGCUGCACAGUCAUGGAAAGUAAUGGGUAUUUGGCAGAGAUUCAUACAAGCCAGAAUCAAGUGAAGGCUAGCCUUGAAAAUAUUAAUCCAUCUGAAAAAGAUGUUAUGAUCCUCGAGACAUCAGUUAGUAAUGUCAACAAUACGAGUCCAGGCCCUGAAAAUGUCGUCGAUGUGAGUGAUGAAAAUACGGACAUGCCCUCUGAACCUCCUGAUGAGCUGUUACCAGACAAAACAGCUGGCAUGGGUGUAAAAAAUGAUAUCUCUGCUGGUGGCCAAGAUAUCUUAAUUCUACAGGAACCAUCGAUUGGGCCAUCCGAGGAAGGUUCAGUUUCAUUGCUUCACCCUCCACCUGGACUAGAAUCACCAGUUAGCUCCAAGGUGGCUGAUCAGCCCAGUCCAGUUUCAGUUCUGGAAGCUCCCUUUACAGAUGAUUUGUCAUCAUGUUCUGAAUGCUUUGAGAGUCUCAAUGCUGACAUCCAUGGGCUUCGGAUGCAACUUCAGCUACUCAAAUCAGAGUCAGAAGCAUAUGCAGAGGGACCCAUGCUCAUAUCAAGUGAUGAAGAUGUUGGGGAAGGAUCCAUUUUAAAUGAGAAGGGGUUUUGUAGAACUGAAGAGACUUGGGAGGCUUCGUACAUAAUGGACGUCUUAAAUGACUCUGGUUUUAAUGAUUUUGAUGCUGAUACGUUCACGGCCAUGUGUCACUCUUCUGAAUGUCCGGUGGAUCCCUCCAUGUUUGUAGAACUUGAGAAGAAGUACUGCAGCAAGACUUCUUGUCAGAGCUCCGAGAGGAGGUUACUGUUUGACCAGAUAAAUUCUGCACUCGCGGAGACCUACCAGCAAUUGACAGAUGAACAUCCAUGGGCGAGGCCUACAACAAGAAUUGGUUCUAAGUGGAUUAAAGGUCAGCUCCAAGAUAGGCUGCAGGUGUUGUUGGCAGGACAAGAGAAGAAAUUAAACAAAGACGUUCUGGGCAAGGUCUUGACAAGGGAAUCACAGUGGUUGGCUUUGGGAGACGACAUUGGUGCAAUAGGUAGGGAAAUCGAGCAAUUGUUGACAGAUGAACUAUUAGCAGAGGUAGUAGAAAUGGCUAUGUAGUGGUAGUAGUGUAGAGAGAUUUGGAACCCAACGGCUAUAUUUGGUCUAUUAGGUUACGUGAAUGUAAAUGGAAUGAUAUUGAAAUAGUCAUUUCAUGAGAGAAUAUGAAUAAAAAGGAACAAAAUCUUUACAACGAAA